CGUAAGGGAGUAAGAAUACAGAGUGAACCUACUGGAGUUAGCUGUAGAAAGAACUAAACAAAUAAACACAUAAAACAAGCGGUUAAAUCAAUGAACGAGAGAAUAAACAAACAUUUCCCACGAUAAAACAAAACUUCUCUCUCCUCGAAUCGAGAUCAGGUAACGUCUUGGCCGGUAUCUGAGUUCACCGGCGACUUUUUGGCCGGAAUUAAAGCCGAGAAAAUCCGGUUUUCAAAGAGGGUCGUUUUGACACGAAAAUCCUGACUUUUGCGUUUCAACCCCGAACUUCUCACUUCGAGACAUCGCCAUUUGUUUACCCAUCAAACACUGAGAGCUGGUUCCAUUCAGAGAGCACGGGCACUCUCUCUUUCUCUAACCCAAAAUUUCCUCUCUCUGAAACCCAAGUUCUAAAUUUCAGAUACACCCGAUUUUACUGCUGAAAUAUGUGUACCAGAGUGCAAAAAGAGAGCUCUCUCGCUCUUUCUAACCCAAAAAUUCUCUCUCUCUCUGAAACCCAUAAAUUUCAGACGAACCCAGUUGGUUUUUUUUGAUAUUGCCAAAUGGUUUUACUGCUGACUCCAUUUGGAACUCACACUGUCACUCUCUCUCUCCAAAACCAAAUUGAGCAAACAUCUGGUAUCAUAUUGCUAGUCAAGUUCAAAUGGUGUACUGCUGAACAGGGAAGGCGUUUCACUUCAAAAAACCUGUCCACCACUAAAAUCCAUACACAACCUCAGAUCUCUCUCUCUUCAGAUAUUCCCAAGUGGUCUACACAGUUGAGAAGACCAAGUUCAUAUUGAAUUGUCUGCCACUCUCUUUUAUCCUCCCAAACCUUCACAUCCCUCUCCUCUCCAAUUUUCAGACAAGAUUUGACUCAAUUUCCCACUCUAAACUCCAUUCAGAAUUUAAACUCUCUCUCUCUCUGAAACCCAUUCAAGAUUUCAGCCACCUCUCUCUCUCACUCUCUCUAAACUCUAAAGAGCUUCCAAGCCAUAGCCAUGGUGGAUCCACCACAAACCCCAUUGCCUGAAGAGCUUGAAGCAGCAGAAAAGCUGAUCAUGAGGUGGGACACAGCAUCCUCGGACGAUGCCAGAGAGAGAAUGAUCUUUGAUGGUGGGCAGCCCGACGAGGCUGCACGCUACCUCUCAGCAGUUAACACCACCCUCCGCUCCCCAGACCAUGAGCGCGCAAAGCCUAUUAUUCAGGCUGCAAUGGCGCGUCUCGAGGAUGAGUUCCGACAUAUCCUUGUCCUGCACAGCGAGCCCCUUGACCCUGAUUCUCUCUCGGAAUCCUUCUCUCUCUCCUGCUCAAUAUCAAGGAGAGAGAAUCGCUCAACGAGCUUCUCAUCUAAUCUAGACGACCCCACUCAAGAAGAAGAAGAAGAGCAGCAAGAGCAAGAGCAAGAAGAUCAAGAUUUCGGUAAUGAGAGAGAGACGUAUGUUAAGGAAAGAGGAACUGUCACCACCGAUACAAUUCAUGAACUUGACCAGAUCCCUGAUGAGGCGAUCAUUGAGCUCAAGAAGAUCGCUGAGCUCAUGGUCUCUGCUGGGUACUCAAGAGAGUGCAUUCAGGUCUUCGGGAGCGUCCGCAAGCCGAUCGUUGAUGCAGGGUAUGAGCAAUUUGGGAUUGAGAGGAUGAGCAUCGGGGAUGUGCAGCGGCUCGAGUGGCAGGUCGUCGAGGGCCUCAUCAAGCGGUGGGUGCGGGCAGCACGUGCCUCAAUUCGCCUACUCUUCGCGAGUGAGCGCCUCCUCUGUGAGAGCGUCUUUGAGGGCGCAAAGGGCAUCGGAGAUGCCUGCUUCAUGGAGGUUGUCAAAGGUGCCACCCUCCAGCUCUUCAAUUUUGCAGAGGCCAUAAGCAUUGGGAGAAGGUCCCCUGAGAAACUCUUCAAGAUUCUUGACCUCCAUGAUGCACUGUCGGAACUCGUCCCCGAUAUAUCUCUGGUCUUUCAAGGAGGGGGUCCAUCAGACUCUGUGAGGGUCCAAGCCUCAGAGAUCUUGACGAGGCUUGGGGAGGCGGCAAGGGGAACGUUAUCAGAGUUUGAGAACGCAAUCCAGCGCGAGAAUUCUAGGGCUCCAAUGCCAGGAGGCACCAUACACCCACUUACCCGUUAUGUCAUGAACUAUACAAAUCUCAUCUCUCUGUACCAAGAGACUCUUUCGAAGCUCAUUGUGACGAAUCCAUCACCACGAAAUGUGCCUGGUGGGGAGCCCUUGCCGGAAUUGGACCUUCCAUCUCCAGAAUCGGACGUCCCAAUGCCGCCUCCCCUAACGGUCCACCUCAAAUGGAUCACAACCAUCUUGCAGCACAAUCUUGAGGGCAAGGCACAGCUCUACAGAGACCCAUCACAGUCUCACCUCUUCCUAAUGAACAAUGCACGCUACGUUGUCCAAAAAGUGAAUGGAUCCCCCGAGCUACGACAGUUAUUAGGCGACGAUUGGCUUAGGAAGCACACAGGAAGGGUGAGGGUGCGUGCGACGAGCUACCUGAGGACCACAUGGGCGCCGGUGCUCUUGUGCUUGAGGGACGAGGGCAUCCAUGUGAGUGGGGGUUUAUUGUCAGGGGUGUCGAAGGCAGCACUCAAAGAGAGAUUCAAGAGCUUCAACUCUGCCUUCGAUGAAGUGCACCGGACCCAAGCUACGUGGAUUGUGCCCGAUGUGCAAUUGAGAGAGGAGCUGAGGAUUUCAAUACAAGAGUUGUUGUUGCCUGCCUACCGCUCAUUCUUGGGGAGAUUCAGGAACCACCUGGAAAGCGGACGGCACUCUGAACUGUACAUCAAGUACUCUGUGGAAGACCUCGAGGCUGCCUUGCUCAAUUUCUUUGAGGGAGGCCAGGCUCCCUGGCAUUCCCGCAGGAAGUCCCACUGAUCAAUGGCAUUCUUUGCCUAUCAUUCUUUGUCAAACAUUCUUUAUCGAGCUGAGAAUAUCAUUUGAUAUUUCAAAUUCGAUUACAGAAAAAGGGGAGUGAGAAGGAUAUUCCAGUCCAAAUUUGAAAAUCCAUGAUACUAGUGAUCGAUCAAAAUUUUGAAGCCCAGUAUGAGUCCAUGAACCUACCAAUACUCUUCCAAGUCCUAAAUCAGUUUUCAUGCUUUAGCAUAAUGUGCAGUAAGCUAUUCUUUGAAUUCUUUUCGUUUUCUCAUUCUUGUACUGUUGUCUUAUAUAAGCAUAUGAAUGGUUUUUU